GCAGGGAGCCGGGGCGGGGAAAGGGUUUUAGAGGUCCGGGAGGGAGAAGGAGGUUGGGGAGCAGGGACGGCGGCCACGGAGUGGAGCCCUCCCUGUGCCAGGCGACAGAGCCAAAGCCCGGGAGCCCGGAGCUGGGGGGAGGGCCGGGGACAGCCCGGCCCUGCCCCCUCCCCCUCCGUGUGCCCAGCAACUUCUGAGGAAAGUUUGGCAGAGAUCGCACGGUGCCCAAGAAUGGGCAGGGUCCCGCUGGCCUGGUGGCUGGCGCUGUGCUGCUGGCGGUGUGUGGCCCCCACGGGCUCGCAGGCUCAGGUGGACCCCUUUGUGGGGAGCCCAGGGAACAUCACUGGUGCCCGGGAACUCAUGGGGACCCUUCAGUGUGAGCUUCUGGUUCACGGGGAGCCCCCUGAGGUGAGCUGGCUUCGGGACGGCCAGGUCCUAGAGCUGGCAGACAGCACCCAGAUCCAGGUACCCCUGGGCGAAGAUGAGCACGACGCCUGGAAAGUGGUCAGCAAACUCAGGAUCCUGUCCCUGCAGCUCUCGGACGUGGGAUGGUACCAGUGUGCAGUGGACCUGGGAAAUGAGACCUUCAAGUCCCAACCCGGCUACAUUGGGCUGGAAGGCCUGCCCUACUUCCUGGAGGAGCCUGAGGACAGGACUGUUACUGCCAACACCCCCUUCAACCUGAGCUGCCGAGCCCAGGGUCCCCCAGAGCCCGUGGACCUACUCUGGCUCCAGGAUGCUGUCCCCCUGGCUCCGGCCACAGGCCACGCUGCCCAGCACGUACUGCGUGUUCCAGGCCUGAACAAGACGUCUUCUUUCUCCUGUGAAGCCCAUAAUGCCAAGGGGGUCACCACAUCCCGCACGGCCAUCAUCACAGUGCUCCCCCAGCGGCCCCACGACCUCCACUUGGUUUCCAGCCAGCCCUCAGAGCUGGAGGUGGCGUGGACGCCAGGCCUGAGUGGCAUCUACCCCCUCACCCACUGCACCCUGCAGGCUGUGCUGUCAGACGAUGGGGUGGGCAUCAGGCUGGGAGAGCCAGACCCCCCGGAGGAGCCCCUCACCUUGCAAGUAUCCGUUCCCCCUCAUCAACUACGGCUGGGCAGCCUGCGUCCUCACAGCCCUUAUCACAUCCGGGUGGCAUGUGCCAGUAGCCAGGGCCCCUCACCCUGGACCCACUGGCUUCCCUUGGAGACGCCGGAAGGAGUGCCCCUGGGCCCCCCUGAGAACGUUAGUGCCAUGCGGAAUGGGAGUCAAGCCAUCGUGCGUUGGCAGGAGCCAAUGGCACCCCUGCAGGGCACCCUGUUAGGGUAUCGACUGGCCUAUCGAGGCCAGGACACCCCUGAGGUGCUAAUGGACAUAGGACUAAAGCAAGAAGUGACCCUGGAGUUGCGGGAGGACAGGACUGUGCCCAACCUGACGGUGUGCGUGGCAGCCUACACCGCCUCUGGGGAUGGACCCUGGAGCAUCCCCGUACCCCUGGAGCCUUGGCGCCCAGGGCAAAGACAGCCAGUGCACCAGCUGGUGAGUGAGCCUCCAGCCCCCUCCUUCUCAUGGCCCUGGUGGUAUGUACUGCUGGGAGCAGUGGUGGCCGCUGCCUGUGUCUUCAUCUUGGCCCUGUUCCUCGUCCACCGGCGGAAGAAGGAGACCCGCUAUGGAGAGGUGUUUGAACCAACAGUGGAGAGGGGCGAGCUGGUGGUCAGGUACCGCGUCCGCAAGUCCUACAGUCGCCGGACCACUGAAGCCACCUUGAACAGCUUGGGGAUCAGCGAAGAGCUGAAGGAGAAGCUGCGAGAUGUGAUGGUGGACCGGCAUAAGGUGGCCCUGGGGAAGACCCUGGGAGAAGGAGAGUUUGGAGCUGUGAUGGAGGGCCAGCUCAACCAGGAUGACUCCAUCCUCAAGGUGGCUGUGAAGACAAUGAAGAUCGCCAUCUGCACAAGGUCGGAGCUGGAGGAUUUCCUGAGUGAAGCUGUCUGCAUGAAGGAAUUUGACCACCCAAACGUCAUGAGGCUCAUUGGCGUCUGUUUCCAGGGUUCCGAACUAGAAGGCUUCCCGGCACCUGUGGUCAUCUUACCUUUCAUGAAACAUGGAGACCUACACAGCUUCCUUCUCUACUCUCGCCUCGGGGACCAGCCAGUGUUCCUGCCCACUCAGAUGCUGGUGAAGUUCAUGGCAGACAUUGCCAGUGGCAUGGAGUACCUGAGCACCAAGAGAUUCAUACAUCGGGACCUGGCCGCCAGGAACUGCAUGCUGAAUGAGAACAUGUCCGUGUGCGUGGCGGACUUUGGGCUCUCCAAGAAGAUCUACAAUGGGGACUACUACCGCCAGGGCCGCAUUGCCAAGAUGCCAGUCAAGUGGAUUGCCAUCGAGAGCCUGGCGGACCGCGUCUACACCAGCAAGAGCGACGUGUGGUCCUUUGGGGUGACAAUGUGGGAAAUUGCCACCCGGGGCCAAACCCCCUAUCCGGGAGUGGAGAACAGUGAGAUUUACGACUACCUGCGCCAGGGAAACCGCCUGAAGCAGCCGGUGGACUGUCUGGAUGGACUGUAUGCCCUGAUGUCCCAGUGCUGGGAGCUAAACCCCCAGGACCGGCCGAGUUUUUCAGAGCUGCGAGAAGAUCUGGAGAACACGCUGAAGGCCCUGCCCCCUGCCCAGGAGCCUGAUGAAAUCCUGUAUGUCAACAUGGAUGAGGGUGGGAGUCAUGCUGAACCACUUGGAGCUGCCGGAGGAGCUGAUCCCCCAACUCAGCCGGAUCCUAAGGAUUCUUGCAGCUGCCUCACUUCGGCUGAGGUCCAUCCUGCUGGACGCUAUGUCCUCUGCCCUUCUACAGCCCCCGGCCCCAACCUGCCUGCUGACAGGGGCUCCCCAGCACCCCCAGGGCAGGAGGAUGGAGCCUGAGACAACCCUCCACCUGGGACUUCCUCUCAGGACCCAAGCUAGGCACUGCCACUGGGGGACCUCACCUAUGUUCCCCUUCCAGACCUGUCUUUCUACCUGUUCUACUUCCAUCCCACACAGAUCCUCUUCCUUUCCACACCUUAGUGUCCCCAUUUGUAAAAGGAAGGGGUUGGAUUGCAAUCCCUAAGGGUCCUCCUAGGUCUAACAUUGCACGAUUCUGGAUUCUAAGGUUUAAAGAAUCUAGGUUCUAGGUUUCAAAGACUCCAUGAAUCUUUGUUUCGAGGGAUCUGAAAUUCCAAAGUCUCUAAUUCUAAAGUGCUAAGGUUCUA